AUGAGCGCCAACAGCAGCACAGUGGGCCAGCUCCUCUUUCAGGGGCCAACGUGUGUUGGCUGGAAGCAGGUUGUGGAAAGCGCUGUCUACCACCUAGCCAACUGCAUCCUGCUCUUCGGCUUCAUGGCUGGCAGUGGGGUGUAUGGAUGCUUCUACCUUUUUGGCUUCCUGGGCACAGGCUACCUGUGCUAUGUACUGUGGGGCUGGUUUGAUGCCUGCGGGCUGGAUGUGGUCUUCUGGAGUUGUCUGUUGACUGUGGUUUGCCUGCUCCAGCUGGCACACCAGGUGUACCGCCUGCGCAUGAACACCCUCCCUGAGGAGUUCGACCUUCUCUAUAAGACACUCUGCCUGCCCCUGCAGGUUCCCCUGUGCUCCUACAAGGAGAUCAUUCACUGCUGCCAGGAGCAGGUCUUGACUCUGGCCACAGAGCAGAACUACGCUGUGGAAGGUGAGACACCCAUCAACCGCCUGUCACUGCUGCUCUCCGGCCGGGUUCGGGUGAGUCAAGAUGGGCAGUUUCUGCACUACAUCUUUCCAUACCAGUUCAUGGACUCUCCUGAGUGGGAAUCGCUGCAUCCCUCGGAGGAGGGGACCUUCCAGGUCACUCUGACUGCCGAGACUGAAUGUAGCUACAUUUCCUGGCCCCGCAAAAGCCUCCACCUUCUUCUGAGCAGAGAGCGAUACAUCUCCCGCCUCUUCUCGGCCCUGCUGGGCUAUGACAUCUCGGAGAAGCUCUACACCCUCAAUGACAAGCUCUUUGCCAAGUUUGGGCUGCGCUUCGACAUCCGUCUCCCCAGCCUCUACCACGUCCUGGGUCCCUCCUCCUCCUCGGAUGGAGGACCAGAGUCGGAGAAGGAGGAGGAGGAAGGUUCUGAGCCAGGCUGGUCCCCCGCGCAGGCCGCGUCCACCGCUGUCCAGCCAUCACCCCCUCUGGUGCCCACCACCACCCUUCCUGCACAUGCGCCCCGGGCCAGGCCAUCCAGGCCGGACAGCAGCCCCCUGGGUGAGGACUCCACCAGUCUGGUGCUGGAGGAUUUUGAGGAGGUGUCAGAGUCGGAGUCCUUUAUGGAUUAUAGGAGUGAUGGGGAAUACAUGAGGUGA